AUGACGGCCAACAAGAGCAACGGUGUGACCACCGAUUUGAUGACUCGGAGUUGGAACAGAUGUGACGUCUGUACCAAUAGAGAUGAGGUCUUCGAGAGCGCCGCACUGUUUGCCCGACACCUCCGAGACGUUCACAGCACCCGUGAAGGCGGCUCUCAUGUCUGUCGAUACGGACCAAACAAUAUCUGUUCCUCACUUCCCGUCGAAGGGGUGUCCGAUCGCGACUACGAGUCACACAUCGCAAAGUGUCACAUCUUUCCUAAUCAAUCGAAAAACAGACAAUCGUCUCAUAAAGUCUUAAGUCGUGUGAAUUCUGGUAAACACGCGAACGAUAAACAAGUGAUACGCGACCACAACGAGAGACGCCUCCAGAAAUCAAAUGCAUCCAAAAGAAGUCCAUUUCCAUUGCCUUCAAGUAGUGAUUUAUUUGAAUCAAUUAGUUAUUCUUCUGAAGCCAAACCAAAUGUAAUCAGUGAUAGUUUGCAAAAAUGGAAUGUCUAUUCUUCGUCACAAAACUUGGCAGCUGUUCUCAACGAUCCAUCGAAAGCUCGCAGUUAUUACGACACCAUUUUUACCAAAGAGUGGGGCAAUUACUUUGUGGACACACAGACUGUAUUGCAAAGUCCUUUCCAUCCAAAGAUAUCUCAUUCGCAUUUCGAUCAAUACGUUCGACGAGUGUUGAAACGAAACCGAAGACAACGACUCCGAAGCCGAAGUGAGUCGCUGUCACUUCAGACACAGUCACAGACCAGAAAUGUUGAGGCAUUUGUUCCGAAAGUUUUCUUUGACUCAGAAUUCAAUUUAGAAGAUAUCGACACAUUUAAGACAGUCUUAUCUUUUUGUACGAACAAAGAAGUGCUUCAAAGUUGUCCGUCUUCUCCAACGAAAUGGAAUUCAAUAGCAAAGGAUGCGCUCAAAGAAUUGCAGAGAAAUUUUUCUGAAUAUUUAGAUGUUGUCGAAGAAAAUCUGGCGAAACAAAUAUCACUUAAGUCGAAAAACUUUUUCCAAGUCAUGUCAACGAUGGACACUGUGAUGGAACAGUUAAAGAGAACUAUUAAAGAAGUGACUAAUUUACGAAAAAAGUGCCGACAAUUAGAUGACUGUCUUAUAGAACCGAGUCUUAAGAAUAUUAAAUUAACAAAAGCCAGAAAUAAUUUGAAAGAAGUGUACAAUAAAAUCAAUUUAAUGGCAACUGUUCACCAAACACAGCCUACCAUUCAAUUACUUUUAUCGACUCUUGAUUUUGUUGGCGCUCUCGAUCUGAUUUCUACUUCACAAGAAGUUGCUGCCCAAGAACUAAGUGGUGUUUAUAGUUUUAGACAUCUUAAAUUACAAUUGGUUGAGAUUGAGAAAGUUAUUGAUCAGAUGAUGAACGAAGAAUUUAUCAAAUUUUUGACCCACGAAUGGAAUCGACCCUUUGAUGAUGAAAAUGAAAGCAAUCAUUUGUUAGAUGACGACAAACUAUUAUCUAUAAUCUAUGGUAUGGUUCGCUUACAGAAAUUCAAUUUCAUUGAUGCCUUUAGAGAUGAGGCCAACACUGCCAUCAAAGCUGUUGUUAAGCAAACAGUCAUCGAAACGCUUUCAUCUGAAGAUAAUAUUGAUGUCGGACAACAAAUCGAUGGCAGUCUAUUUGAUCAAUUAAGACUUUUGGAUUUUUCAAAAUGGCUACAACUGUUCGACAAAGUGUUUGAUAAUCUAUUGAAAUGUCUUAGACGUAUAAAUGCAGUCUAUCGGGUGAUGUCCAAUGGUUUAAGUGCCGUCACUGAACGUUCAAUUAGUGAAAACAAAGCAUUAGAAUUGGCGACAAAUGGCGGCGAAACAUCCAUUGACACGAUUACCAUCCUAUUGGAGAACGACGGCAUUGAGUUGGGCUCUAAUCUGAAAGAGUCGUUGUGUACUAUCUGUGAUUACGCGCACAGCCGGUGCGCUAACGUUGUCGACUCCCGAGCCAAAGAUGGCGGACUCGACAAACUGACUGCCAAUGAAUUUGUUCGACUUAUUAAAUCAAUUGAAGAGUUUAGUGAUAGUUGUCAGCAAAUAUGUGGCCGAAAAAGUCCUAAUCUUAAACUAGUUUUACAAACUCAGGCCAAUAAGUUUGUGACGAAAUUUCAUGAGGAAAGAAAAAAACGGAUCAACUCUUUGCUUGACAUCGAACAAUGGAAAUCAGUAGACUUUGUUAGCUAUGAAUUUCAACAACUAGUCAAUCAAUUGAUUGAUAAUAAUUAUAAUUUUUAUGAAAACAAUCGAUCACUUUAUGAUAAUAAUCAAAAACUUAAGUCACAUGUCUUAGUUAAAGACGAAAAGUUUGUUGUUGUGAACGUUGCCAUUGUUUUUAUAAAGACACUCAUCGAGUACUGUGAGUGCGCCCAACAAAUCAAAUCAUUGAGUCCCGACCUAUUGACCCGACUAUUGGAUAUUUUAAAACUAUUUAAUUCAAGAACUGCUCAAUUAGUUUUAGGUGCCGGUGCUCUACAAGUUGCCGGUUUGAAGACAAUAACGGCGCGAAAGCUUAUCAUAUCAUCGCGUUGUCUACAACUGGUCAUUGUUUUUAUACCAAUUAUUAGGAGACAUUUUGAGACACUAUUAUCGACUAAACAUCAAUCAAUGUGCAACCAUUUUGACGAAAUCAUUCGCUUAUAUAACGAACAUAUCACUAAAAUUCCCGAAAAAGUGGUUUCUGUGGUCCGAGAGAUUGCAGACACACAGCUUUCCAAAUGGGUGGCCAAAGCUCCCGUUCCGUCGCCUCCGUUUCAGGCCAUUUCUCAACACUUAAUGCGAUUGCAUGACAACAUUCAGGACUCACUUCCAACCAACGAAUUGACUCAACUGUUCCAACAAAUCCAUAACACUGUCAAAGAUGUGCUCAAACAUCACUUGGAAAGACUUAACAUUCAGAAAAACGGUGGACUAAAACAUGGACUUGUCACACAAGAGUUGACGUUUUAUACACAAAAUUUGAGUAAACUAUCGAUUGGUAAACAACUAAACCUUUCAAAUGACGAUCUCUGGAGUAAAUUAAAGAUUAUAUCAAACAAUGUUAACUAA